GGAAGAGGAAGCAGAGGCAGAGCAGGACUAGUCUCUCACUCAGGACAGAAUACACACAAUAUUAGGACAUGAACACUCUCAUUCUCUCCUCUCUGCUGUGUUUGGUUGUUAGCGCUCUAGGUGUCCUGGGAUCCACGGUGACGUUAUCGGCAGAGCUGAGCCAUGUGACAGAUGCGUCAGCCUUGGGGGAAGGGGAGGGGCUACAGAGCUCUCUGGCUGAUGAGGAUGAGGAGGAACUGGAUGAAGCUAUGUCAGGAGGUACACCUACAGACGGUACACCCAAAGCAGCGGUGCGUCACGGUAAGAACAGAAAGGAGAAGGGGAUAAGGGGUCCGAAAGGCAAAGAGAAUCCAGGAAAGAGGAAGAACAAGAACAGUAGUAGACGCACCACGACCUUCAACCCUGAACACACACCAGGACACACGUUGGAGUUCACGGCCGACCGCACACACCAGACCUCAGGACGUGUUACAGAGGACCCUUGCAGCUCCUCCCACCAGGCAUACUGUAUCCAUGGAAACUGCAAGUACAUGGCGGACCUGAGAGAGCCUGUGUGUGUCUGUGAGAAGGGUUACGAUGGUGAGCGUUGUGGCAUCCUGCUCCUACCUACGAGGACGGAUGAAGAGGAGGAGAGAAGCAUCGCUGAGGUGGUUCAGACUGUCCUGGUCAUCAUAGCUGUGGUCCUCUCCAGCAUCAGCUGCCUCGCCAUACUGCUCAUGACCUGCACACAUUACAGGACACAUAAGAACUUCCUGGUUGCCUACCUGGCCUCCAGCAGUGAGAAGCAACAGCUCCAGAUGACCACACCCUGUGACAUCACGGUGUGACCAUCAGCAGAGAACUUAAAGGUCUGGAACCAUAAUUUAGAACCAUGAGAACCGAGACAAUCAGAGGAGAACCGGUGCUGACUCCUGCCCAGCGGAGUGAUCUACUGAACGGACACUACAACUCCAGACAGUAGAGCGUUCUGUAGAAAAACCAGCGUAGAACCGUCUUGAAGGACCACAUAGAACUGCCUUGUUGUUUAUUUAUUUGAUUUGACUUAUUUAUUGAGGACAGAGCUUUCUUUUGACUGGUGUUGUGUUAGAUGUGAUUGGACCGUGAUGUUGAGCAUACCGUCCAAUCAUUUCACUACUAAGUUAUUGCUUAUUUAUUGCCAUGCGUCUCCGAGGGAACAACAGAGAGAUACGGUUAUUGAUAAUCCUGGACAUAGAUGGAAUCUAUCGGUUCACUAAUAAAGUCCUUCAGUGUUAUAAGAAAUGUUUUUAUGUGUGUUUGUGUGUGCCAACAUGCGUGGGUGUAUGUGGGUGAGUCCUGUACCCAAACAUAGACACACAGUAAAGUGGCAGAGGGAGAGAGAGAGAAUAACUCUCACAAAGAACCUCAGCACAUAGUUCUAAUAUUUAAUUCUCUCUCUGUGAUGUCACAAAGGGAUGGAAUGCAUUAUUUAUGACAUCACCGAAGUAGGAUUUUAAAAUGGAAUAGAACACUCCGAAGCAGCAUAGCAUCAUAGUUCUCGUAUAUUCUCCUGGGAGUGAAUCUGGAACAAAGUGACAUGAGUUGAAUGAAAGGAUUGGAACCAUUAUAAAGAUACAACGACAAUUGAAGCAAUCUUGAGUAGGCCACUUUCCGUGCUCUUUUAUGGCAUAUUAAUCAUGAUCCUUUAUCUCAUUCUGGAGCAAACCAAAACUAUGGAAGUUGAAAUAAUAGAGAAGAAGCAUCAUAAUCAUCAAGAUAGUUUGAUCUCUAUGAUUCAUAGACUCAGUUCAUGUGUGAUGCCACCAUCCGCGAGGAGGUCAAAUACUAAGUUCAUACAUAAA